AUGCCUCAGCUGGCUCGUCAGGUUCUCAAGCCUCCGUUGGCUCGUCAGGCUUCCAUUAUCGAAACUACCGGGAAUGCCUCAGCCAGCCCAUCAGGCUUCCAAUCCUCAGCUGGUUCGACAGGCUCCCGCGCCUCAUUAGAGGCGACCGGCCUGGUCCUCGGGACCGUUCCUCUGGCUGGAGCCGCGCAUGGGACCACUUCAGAGCAUCAAACAUCUGUGGUCCGUGAAGCAGACCCCCAGAAGGAGGAUGCACCAGUGACAUCAUCAGGGAACAAGACCGACGCACCUAUGAAACACUCCAGGGAAGAACCAGGGGGCAGUGUCAAGAAAAAGCCCUCCUGUCAACACUGCCACACCUUCUGGCCCUCCUGUCAACACUGCCACACCUGCUGCCCCUCCUGUCAACACUGCCACACCUGCUGCCCCUCCUGUCAACACUGCCACACCUGCUGCCCUCCUCCUGUCAACACUGCCACACCUGCUGCCCCUCCUCCUGUCAACACUGCCACACCUGCUGCCCCUCCUCCUGUCAACACUGCCACACCUGCUGCCCCUCCUCCUGUCAACACUGCCACACCUGCUGGCCCUCCUGUCAACACUGCCACACCUGCUGGCCCUCCUGUCAACACUGCCACACCUACUGGCCCUCCUGUCAACACUGCCACACCUGCUGGCCCUCCUGUCAACACUGCCACACCUGCUGGCCCUUCCCCUGUCAACACUGCCACACCUGCUGGCCCUUCCCCUGUCAACACUGCCACACCUGCUGGCCCUUCCCCUGUCAACACUGCCACACCUGCUGGCCCUCCUGUCAACACUGCCACACCUUCUGGCCCUCCUGUCAACACUGCCACACCUUCUGGCCCUCCUGUCAACACUGCCACACCUGCUGGCCCUCCUGUCAACACUGCCACACCUGCUGGCCCUCCUGUCAACACUGCCACACCUGCUGGCCCUCCUGUCAACACUGCCACACCUGCUGGCCCUCCUGUCAACACUGCCACACCUGCUGGCCCUCCUGUCAACACUGCCACACCUGCUGGCCCUCCUGUCAACACUGCCACACCUGCUGGCCCUCCUCCUGUCAACACUGCCACACCUGCUGCCCCUCCUCCUGUCAACACUGCCACACCUGCUGCCCCUCCUCCUGUCAACACUGCCACACCUGCUGGCCCUCCUGUCAACAAUGCCACACCUGCUGGCCCUCCAACCAUGCCUACAGCCUCUCCAAACCCAUCCUCCCACCAGACACUGCCAGAAGACCAGACCAAGGGUCCAUCGAAGGUAAACGGAGGCGCACCAAUGAAUGAGCCAAACCAACUUAGUCCUACAUCAGUCACACAGGCCUCAUCCACACCCGAGACAGCUGAUCAGAACAUAGGAGGACCUGCCUCAGACCCAACUCAACCAGCCAGUAAACUCUUGGAUGAGGAAGUCCUGAAGGGGACAUCACACGGGUCAAGGGAGCCAUCAAAAAGCCUUGAUGGUGAAGGUAACACAGAGGUUAGAGUUCUGAAUGAACGGAAGUCCUCUAGUAACCAGACCGACGAGAAUAUCACGAAUGAGGCAAACUCAAAGAAGUGUGUUGACCAAUCGCAAGUAUCCCUUGGUGAUCAGAGGGGUUCUGACCCAACAGAUGAGCCAAACACUAGUCAAACACAACCUGCUAGUCCAACUCUCUCAGUAACACAGGAGGUGCCUGAGAAGACAUCUAAGAGAAAAGAUCAGAACAAAACAGAACCUGCCUCAGUUCCAAGUCAAUCAGUAGGGCAGUUCCCAUAUAAAGACGCUCUGGUGGGGACCUCUCAGGAGACGGGAGAUCUGUCCAGGAGGCAAGGGGUUGGCGCCAGUAACCACAGAGACCAGAGCAGGAAAAAUGAAGCAAACUCACAGAACUUUGUUUUUGGAUCCCACAAGGUAGAGGCUGGUGACAAGCCUCAAGAAUCAAGACAAGAGACUUCCAAGCCAAACAAGGAACCAGAGAAGCUGAGUAAUACGGGUGGUGGUGAUGCCUCCAAGUCAUCUACUGUUGACUCCCCACCUGCAGGGAAAGAUCUGCCUCCGAACCAACGUAAUGAAGACAGCUUCCAGUAUCAGCCACUGCCACCUCAGUUGCCACCAAGAACACAACAGGUCACUGGAAGUGAUGACCUCACCAUCUAUUUCCAUGCCGUCAUUUCCAAAGACUUCAAACUGAACUCAAAUGACCGGAUAUUCUUAAGAUCUGAAAGUCUUUUUGGAACUUGGGAUAAAAAUGGCCCGGAAAUCUUUAUCACCCGGUAUGGUCUUUAA